UCCGUGAUCGAACCACUGCAUCCGGUAAGCCGGAAUGGUCUGUCGUUGGAUGAGACAGAGGCGUGGCGCAGUAUAGAAGAUAGAAAUGCAGGGCUGAGUCGAAAGAGCUGGAAUGCCACGAUGAGAGAGGGAGUGGAGUUCGGAUCCUGAGAAGUGGAGAGACCGAUGAGGGUUCUGAGCGAAUAGCGAAAGGGAAAGCAACGAGAUAUAAAAGGGUCGCGGACGGAGGCCGAGUCAGUUCAGAUCGUCCUCUAAACUCGAUCAACAUCAGUAUCAGAGAACAGACUCCUCAAGACUUCCAACUUCCUCUUCAAAACACCAUGAAGCUCCUCGCUAUCCUCUCCGCUCUUCCCUUCCUUGCUGCUGCCGAGGACCUCGUCUGGUGUGGCAAUGCCCGGUACUACCCGUCCAAGUACACUUGCUUCGAUGGCUUCCUCUGCCCCAAGACGAACGGCGAAGUCUACCUGAAGUGCGGCACGGCCUGCUACAGCACCAGGACCUAUUAUUGCGACUCGAACCAGCAGCUGCAGAUCUACAAGCCCGGACCAGAGCCGAUUCUCUACUGCGGUGGACAGCCGUAUUAUCCGAGCAAGUACGCCUGCUACGACACCAACUUCCUCUGCCCGAUCCUGAACGGCUCGCCCACUCUUCGCUGCGACAAGGCUUGCUACAACCCGAACGAGUACUCGUGUGUCAACGGCAAGCUGAGCAAGCCUACGUAGGUGCGAUAGCUAUGCUGCGGACCUUCUAAGGUGUGGCGAAGAUGCGAUGA